GCCUAUACUUGUGAUAAGUUGCAAUUAUUGGCGUAGAUGAACGGACCACCUAUGUUUCGGCGAUACAGUUGCGGAGUUAAGCUCUACUCCUCUACUCCUAUCAAGUCCUACGUCACAAACCUCUUCACAGAAGUUUCAACUUCAACACAUCCUGUUUACGUUCUAGAGACGACGCCUAUGCAAUGCCGCGAAAACGUAAAAACGAAACGAGACAGGAACAAGGCGAGGCCUCGUCCUCUAAACACCAAAAACCCGACGAGGAGGUGAACGAGGAACCGUCUUCUCCACCACAAAGCAGUAAUCCCUACCAUGGCUUUGAGGAAUAUCCGGCAUCCAAGGUAUAUCGCUUAAUCGAACCUGGCCCUGUGCUUUUAAUCACAACCGGAUCGCUAGAAGAUCAAAAUCACAAUGUCAUGACAAUCGGUUUCCAUAUGGUCAUGCAACAUGAACAACCGCCCCUGAUCGGCAUUUGCCUCGGGCCGUGGGACGCUUCGUUCUCGUUGCUUAAGAAACAGGGAUCAUGCGUGCUAGCGAUUCCUUCCUUCGAAAUGGCUGCUACCGUGGUAGAUAUCGGGAACUGUUCCAAAGCCGACCCCGAUGUGGAGGAGGCCGACGGCAAGUGGUCCCGCUUCGGGCUGGAAGCCCUACCCGCUGCUAAAAUCAAAGCGCCACUUGUGGGCGGUAACAACAUCAUCGCAAACAUCGAGUGCAAAGUUCAUGAUAAUAAGAUGGUUAGUAAAUACUCGAUGUGGGUUCUUAAGCCUGUCAAGGCGUGGAUCAACCCGAAUAAAAAGCCCGGAGAGGGCGGGAAGAUGUUCCACCAUCGCGGUGAUGGUACAUUUGUCGUCGACGGCGAAAUUUUAAACUUGAAGGAUAGAAUGGUCAAAUGGAAAGAAUACCAAGACUGAAUCAUUUCCGAAUUAUUAUGCCUAACGGCUUUACAGUACUGAAUA